AUGGCUAUCAGAACAACGAGAUCUCCUGAAGCCAUCUUCUCUUCAUCUUCAUCCCCUUGUUCCAACUGGAUCUAUGACGUUUUCUUGUGUUUCAGAGGCGAAGACACAGGCAAAAACUUCACCGACCACCUCUACUUUGCUUUGAAAGAUGCUGGAAUCAAAAUCUUUAAAGAUGACAAUGAGCUCCAAAGAGGACAAUACCUUGCAUCCGAAUUGAUACGGGCAAUCCAAGGAUCCAGAAUCUCUAUCAUCGUUUUCUCAAUGAACUAUGCGGCUUCAAGGUGGUGCAUGGAGGAACUUGUGAAAAUUAUGGAGUGCCGAAGAACUUUGAAGCAACUGGUUCUACCUAUAUUCUAUGAUGUUGAGCCCUCUAAUGUGAGAAACCAGACAGGUAGUUUUGCAGAAGCAUUCGCGAAACAUGAAGAGCAUUACUUGUUGGACAUGGACAAAGUUCUCAAGUGGAGAAGAGCUUUGUGUGAGGCUGCUAAUUUGUCAGGGUGGGAUCUAAGAAAAACUGCAGACGGGCAUGAAGCAAAGUUUAUUAGGAAAAUUGUUGAAGAGAUUUCAAGAGAACUGAACAACACACACUUGUUUAUAGCACUCUACCCAGUUGGAGUAGAUUCUCACGUUCAAGACAUAACUUUUGGGUUAAAUGUUGGAGCUAACGAUAUUCGCAUGGUAGGAAUCUUGGGAAUGGGCGGAAUUGGCAAAAGAACUAUUGCUAAAGCCAUUUAUAACCAAUUUUUUCAUGGAUUUGAAGGUAAAAGUUUUCUUGCAAAUGUUAGGGAAACUUCCAAGGAACCUAGGGGUCAGGUUCAUCUCCAAGAACAACUUCUUUCUGACGUCUUGAAGACAAGCGAGAUAAAGAUAAGUAGUGUUCAUAGAGGAAUCAAUAUGAUUAAAGAAAGACUUUGUAAUAAAGCAAUAUUUGUGAUACUUGAUGAUGUAGACCAAAUGGAGCAACUGAAUGCCAUAUGUAGGCGUGACUGGUUUGGUUUGGGAAGUAGAAUUAUUAUAACAACGAGAGAUGAGCAUUUGCUAAAGGAGCUAGAAGUGGAUAGUGUAUAUAGAGUUACAGCAAUGAAUGCCAUUGACUCUCUUGAGCUCUUUAGUUGGCAUGCCUUUAGGAAUAGUUAUCCUAUUGAAGAUUAUACUGAUUUGUCAAGAAGUGUCAUUGCUUACUGUGGAGGGUUGCCACUAGCACUUGAAGUUUUGGGCUCAUUCCUUUUCUCUAGGAGCAUGCUAGAAUGGAAAAGUGCAUUAGAUAAAUUGAAGAGGAUUCCUCAUGAGCAAAUUCAAAAUAAACUUAGAAUAAGUUUUGAUGGACUAAGUGACAAUACUGAAAAGGAUAUAUUCCUUGACAUAUCAUGUUUCUUCAUAGGAAAGGAUAUAGACUAUGUUGUAAAAAAAUUGGAUGGCUGUGGUUUUUUUGCAAAGAUUGGAAUUAGUGUCCUCAUUCAGCGAUGUCUUCUUAAAGUUAGUGAGACAAAUGAGUUUACAAUGCAUGAUCUGUUGCGAGACAUGGGAAGAGAAAUCGUUCGUGAAAAACACCCCAACGAACCUGGGAAAUGGAGUAGAUUAUGGCAGCAUGAGGAUGCAUUUGAUAUAUUGACAAAGCACGAGGGAACAAAUGCAGUUGAAGGACUUACUUUAGAAUUGACAAGUCUAAGUAAGAUGAAUUUCAAUUCAGAAGCAUUUAUUAAGAUGCAGAGACUAAGAUUACUCCAACUUGAUCACAUACGACUCACUGGAGACUAUAAAUAUCUUUCCAAAGAAUUAAGGUGGCUUUGCUGGCAUGGAUUUCCUCUCAAGUUCAUUCCAAAUGACUUUUAUCCAAGAAACUUAGUUGUGAUUGACUUGGAAUAUAGCAAUCUCAAAAAAGUUUGGGAAAGUCCCAAGUUACUUGAGAAGAUGAAAAUUAUAAAUCUCAGUCACUCUCAUUAUCUGAGUCAGACCCCUGACUUGUCAAAACUCCCAAAUCUAGAGCAAUUAAUACUUGAAGAUUGUACGAGUUUGCUUGAGGUUCACCACUCCAUUGGAGAUCCUAGUAAUCUUGUUUUGGAAUGGGUUAUGCGUGGAGUUGGUAGAGUGUUUGGCAUUAACAUCCCCGGCAAUCAAAUCCCCGAUUGGUUCACGUAUCAGUGUGAGGGACCCUCGAUACAUUUUAAAGUACCAACGGCUGAUCCCAUAUUGAAAGAGUUUGGUGUAUGUGCUUUCUAUGCAUCACGUGUUCAAGUAUUAUCUUCACAUAAAGGUGGCGUGUCAGUUAUCAACCAUACCAGGAAUACUAUUCUGACUAAUUUUUCAGCAACAACUGGUGGCCCAUUCCCUCUUGGAGAUCACCUAUUGCUAUGGAAUAUUGUUCUUACCAAUGAUUUUGAGGAUGGUGAUGAAGUAGAGCUUCUUGUAGAUUGGGGGCCUGAAAUCAUUGUGAAGAAAAUAGGGGUCUAUCCAAUAUAUGAAAGGGUUGUAGAUGGAAAAGAUGAGGAUCAUGCCAUUGUUGUCAGUGAUGAUGAGGAUGACAAUAACAAUAUAGAAAACAGAUGCCCCUCUAAGAGAAAAAUGAGAUCUCCAAAUAUGAUUGAUGAUUCACAAACUUCGAUGAAAGAGAAACAGCUCAAAAGGCUUGCUACAGAGGAAAAUGAGUAUUAUUUUACUAUUUACUCUCAAAAGUUUCAAUUUGAGUAG